UUUUUUUGUUAUGUUUGAUGGCUGAUAUUGGCAAGGCAAUGUCUCGAUUCGACGUAGAAUCAUUACAAGAAAUGCUUUGUGUUCAAGAACAACUUAUAGAGAAGUUGUACAAUGAGUUGGAUGAAGAGAGUGAAGCCUCAUCUAGUGCAGCAACUGAAGCGUUAUCGAUGAUUUUACGUUUACAAGGUGAAAAGGCUGCAGAGGAAAUGGAAGCAGAACAGUACAAGAGAUUUGUAGAAGAAAAAAUGAGUCAUGCUGAAGAAUCAUUAUCUGUUUUACAAGAACUUAUUGAUCAAAAACAGAUGGAGAUAGAUGAAUUGGAUCAUCAUGCACAAGCUUAUCGAUAUAAGCUUGUGAGUAUGGGCUAUGAUGAUGAUAUUGAUGAUAGUGAUCUCGAAUAUCUCGAGGAUUUAGAAGGAAAAAUGAUUGUUCAAUCUAUUGGGAGGUGUAAAUCCACUCCGAAUAUCACAUUGAAAUAUGCUAAUAUGAAAAAGGAUGUUCUUAAAGACGAAAAGAUCAGUCCAAAACGCGAUUUGAAUGAUGUUCCAACGGCUGGGAGUAUAAGUUUGUACUGUGAGCAGAUCGAAAAGUUGGAAGAAAGAGUGAAACAGAUUGCUGGUGCUAACUAUGCGAAAUUGUCUAGUUUACCAGUUUCUAAAAGAAGCUCUUGUAACAAUUUCUUGGAGCAAUUUAAAGAAACGUACCUUGUUCAGCAUCGAGGGAAUAAAUCAGAUAACGAAGUUGCUGCUAGUCGUUCUGCUUCUCCUCCGAAUGUUCUUGAUGUCUUUGAAGUCCCUCGAGCCAUUAAAGACGAAGAUUUUGUUGUCCGAAAGGAGGCUCAAAAACAACUUGUUAAAGAUGAAACUGAUUCGCAUAAGAAAUAUUUAGUACCUAUGCAGCAUUUGGAUAUUUGUCCUACAACUAGUGCUUCAGAAACAGCAGAGAUUCGUCAUGUCAAUAGGACGACGUUUGAGAUAGCUGAAGUCGAGAGACAAGGUACGAGGCAAGAACCCGAGAGACAUGAAGAGCUAAUGUUGUUACAUGACAUUAAGGAGCAACCAAAUUUAGUACCUGAGCAGCAUUUUGAAAUUUGUCCAGCAACUAGUGCUUCAGAAACAGAAGACAUUCAUUGCGUCAAUAGGACCACGUUUAAGAAAGCUGAAGUCGAGAGACAAGGUACGAGGCAAGAACCCGACAGACACAAAGAGCUAAUGUUGUUACAUGACAUUAAGGAGCAACUAAAUUUAGUACCUAUAAAGCAUUUGGAAAAUUGUCCAAUGACUAAUGCUUCAGAAACAGCAGAGAUUCGUCGUGUCAAUAAGAAGUUUGAGAUAGCUGAAGUCGAGAGACAUGGUACGAGGCAAGAGACAGAGAGACACAAAGAGUUAAUGUUGUUACAUGACAUUAAGGAGCAACUUAAUUUAGUACCUAUGCAGAAUGAGAACAAGUUACAUAGAGUAGGUGAAGCUGCUUCUCCUACCACUAGUGCUUCAGAAACAGCAGAGAUUCGUCCUGUCAAUAGGACAACGUUUGAGGUAGCUGAAGUUGAGAGACAACGUACGAGGCAAGAAUCUAACAGACACGAAGAGCUAACGUUGUUAUAUGAGAUCAAGGAGCAACUAAAUUUGAUGCAAUCUGACAUUAAAACUUGGAAAAAUAUCAAGUCCCAUCCAAGAAAUGAGCCAUCUGUAGUUUCUCUAACAGAGGUGAUGGCUUGUUUUUGGCUUUGAUCCAGCUAUCAAAAAGCUUGCAAGUUCAAGAUGUUGAGAUUUUUGCUUAUUAUGGCUUUUGAGUUGAGACAGUCAGUGUCCGAGCCAAGAUUUUCACUAAUAAAGUAGUAAUUACACGAAGAAGCUAAGGGGAUUCAACAUAUACUAUAUAUACAUAAAAGAUAAUUUUGUUCUUAAAUAUACCAUGUAACUUUCAGCUAAACGGGAUUCGGAUGAACCC